AUGAACCGUCCAGGCCCUGUGGAGAUCUCUUAUGAGAACAUGCGUUUCCUGAUAACUCACAACCCCACCAAUGUGACUCUCAACAAGUUCACAGAGGAACUUAAGAAGUACGGAGUGACAACUUUGGUUCAAGUUUGUGAUGCUACAUAUGAUAAAGCUCCAGUUGAAAAAGAAGGAAUCCACGUUCUAGAUUGGCCGUUUGAUGAUGGAGCUCCACUCCCUAAUCAGAUAGUAGAUGAUUGGCUAAUCCUGUUAAAACCCAAAUUUCAUGAAGAGCCAGGCUGUUGUGUUGCAGUGCAUUGUGUUGCAGGAUUGGGAAGGGUCCCCGUGCUAGUCGCACUUGCAUUGAUUGAAUGCAGAAUGAAGUACGAAGAUGCUGUUCAAUUCAUAAGACAAAAAGGAAGAGGAGCAUUCAAUUCCAAACAGCUGCUUUACUUGGAGAAGUACCGACAUAAGAUGCGAUUACGCUUCAGAGAUACCAAUGGGCACUGCUGUGUUCCGUAGAAGUAGAGGAAGGCUGGCUGG